AUGGCGGAAAUGAAGGCGGAAUGCGCUAAGUAUUAGUGACUGUGAGACUUUAGUUGAUUUUCUGGGAACUUUGAAUAAUGGGCUUACCAAAUCUAACCGCAGAGGAGGAAUACCUUCUUAGAAAGUUCGCUUUGUUGAAGAAAAGGAAAAAGGCACUGCAAAAGUCUAAAGAAAAAGUCGAAAAUCCCAGCAGUAUCAAGCCGGGUACGAAGCGUGCUAAAAGUUUUAUUUCUGAUAAUUUUUUGAAUACUGUUCACAAGUUGCCAGUAAUUGGAAUUCUCCUCUUAAUCAAGGAAGUGAAGAUUAAAAAAGAUCCUGUCCAUAGGGAGUUCAAAAGGGCUAAAGGAGGAGAAAGAAGACAGAAGGAUUUCUUACAGCAACCAGCAUCCAACAGGAAUGAGCAGCAGGCACGUGCUGAAGCAAUAAGAAAUUUAUAUCAUGAAAGCUUUAUACCUUCUUCUACCUCACAGAACAAGCGCUUCUCAGGAGGACAAGGGUCAGGUAGAAGAAGUUGGUCUGAUGAUCAAUCAAGAAAGGGAAACACGAUCUAUGUCAAUGGAUAUGGAUUAACAGAAAAAAUCCUCCAGGAAGAGUUCACUAAAUUUGGUAAGGUUCAACAUGUUAACUUUGAAAGAGAAAAAAGCCAAGGUUUUGUUACACUAGACUCCUGUGAAGCAGCUGAAAAAGCAGUUGAUGAGAUGAAUGGUAUGAUGGUGUCUGGUGUGCAUAUCAAAGUAGCUUUUUCCAGGAGGCAACCCAACAUGGGAGACACACAAGGAUAUCGAAGACCUGGUCUGGGAAGCAGAGAUUCAAGAGGGCACAGUUCAGGUUUACAGUCGCGGGAAGCCAGAGAAAUUGUUUCAUACGACGACCUUUAGUGUUAAAUUACAUCAAUAGUGAUAUUCGAUAAAGAAUAGCUGCUGUACCUAUUCCGAGUGGCAGUUCAAAAAUUUUCAACCAUGAUAAGUAUAUUAAACCGUUAAGAGGGCUGAUGCAAAAAUUUCGACUGAGUCUUUUGGGUCUAUUAUCCACUUUGGCUUAUUUUCUAGCGAACAGAAUUUUACCUUUGAAAUAUUAGUUCACAGAAAAGCAUUAACCCUUCAGAUUUGAUGUAGACAGCGUGAGCCUUUUUUCAUAUCAUCUUCUUGAACGCCCCGGUGGUUCCAAACAGUACCUAAGCGGUUAAGCCUUUUUCACUAUCGAGCUCUCUGUAGGUCAUCGGAGCGCGAGGUCUGACCUUUCAACUGCUCUAGGGUACACAGUCUUUUUUCGCGUCCCAAGCUCGUAACAGAGCAAAUACAAUUCUCUUAAAGAGGUUCAAAAGUUUGCGAACCAGAUAGAGAAUUAGACUGUAACAUGUAUUAUAGGUUAUCAAGAUGUCUGUAAGGAACCUUUAAAUUAUAUAUUUAAUAAAAGCUUUAACGGACAAGUAACUGAAA